CGACCAUCUCAUUCCGCGUCACCAUCGCGCCUCGCGGCAUAUCCAGCUGGAUGAACACCCUAGGCUCAACUGCCUGCUAUCUUUGCUAUCGCGUUUUCCCGACGUUCUCAGUCACGGUGCAUGAGAAGGACGUGGGUCACUGGCUCCUGCGAAGCUCGCGGGCACUGGCAUGCGAAAACAUGCGCGUCAUCGGGACAUUGAAAUGCGUGGUGUGCGGUGAUAGGAACGCAGAGCAGGUGUUGCCCUUCUGCUCGGAAAGGGAAGCAUUGGCAUGCAAGGGACGCUUCAGCGCGCAACGGUACUAGACCGGUACGCAGGGUUGCGACCACUGCUUCUGCGUGCUGAGGUAUAGGUACGCACCGUCGGACUCAUCAGCCACUACAUACCCACAGCUGUGGCGCGACACGCAGAGGCGCACGCCAGCAAGGAACUCUGCAGCCCUUCG